AUGGGGAACAUUCUCACUUUCAUGCCUGGAACAACUGCAGUGGCGAAUCAUUGCCAUCACCAGGAGCAACUCCACCCAGGAGCCACCAGCAGCAGCAGCAGGAUAGCAGGCCGUCAGUUUGAACCGCUGAGCAUUCUGGCUUUCAGGGCUAUGUCUGAGCAUAUAGUAAGUAGUGAAGCAUUCUGUCAAGAGCAGAUAGUCGACAGCCGGUUCCAGCUGCUGAGCAUUCUGGUUUGCGGAGCAAUCCAUGACAAGGGAAUUACAGGAAACGAUCCAUUCAAACUGUGUGGCAUUCUCAUCUGUGGAGUUUUGUCUGACUACAUCCGUCACGACGCAGAGGAACCAGCGAUUGAUCUGCUUGGAGACCUUCCAGAGGACGUGUUAUGCACAAUUUUAUCAAAGUUGCCUCUGGAAGAUGCUGUAAGAACCAGUGCCGUAUCAAGGAAAUGGAGAUACUUGUGGACGGUUUGUCCUAAGCUGAGUUUCGAUGGAAAUAAAAUAUGUGGCAAGAAUAAUCAUGAGAAAAGAGUGUAUAAUCUAGUGUUCAGUCACAUUGUUAAUAGGGUCCUGGGACAGUGCAGUGGCAAGUUGGUUGAAGAGCUUGAAAUCAAAAUUGAGUUGAACCAGAUGUUGGUUGAACAUCUUGAUAAUUGGUUUCGUUUUGCUGUAUCAUCACGGACAAAGGCACUAGUUUUUGAUUUAGCACGAGAACAGCGUCAACCCCCAGGUUGUGUUGAUCGGUACAAAUUUCCAUUUGAGCUUUUAGACGAGGACAGUAUAUGCCGUCUACAGAAACUUCAUCUUAGCUUUGUAGAUUUCCAGCCACCAAUGCAUUUUAGUGGUUUCCCUAACCUAAGGAAGCUUGAUCUGAGCAUAGUGAAUGUCAGUGGGAAGGAUAUUCAACAUAUGUUGUCAAACUGCUGUAACCUAGAGUGGCUGAGUAUUGUUAGAUGCCAUUUCAAUGGUGAACUAAAGGUUAACGGCCCACUGCCUCACCUGCUAUACUUGAAAAUUGCUUCCUGCAGAUUAAAAAAUAUAGCAUUCCAUGCCGUGAACCUUGCGACUUUCGAAUACAGAGGAGUGGCGGUGCCUAUUGACCUCGGUAAAUCAUCGGAACUGAAAUUUGCAAACAUAUAUUAUUUUGGAGACACUCUUGAGCACACUAUUACCGUGCUUGCUAAAGUUCUUACAAGUGUGCAACAUCUUACCCUCAAUGCAGGCUGUAAAUCACCAGAGGUUCCCUGUUUGAUGUCUUACCCAUGCAAGUUUUCUCGGAUGACAUACUUACAAUUGAGGUUGGCCUAUGUCAAAGAAUUCGACAGCUUGUCGUUGGUCUCUUUUCUGAGGUCUGCUCCUUUAAUUGAAAAGUUAGAGCUGCACUUUUGUAAUGCUGCUUAUGUGCGCCUGGUACAAGAGCCUGAACCUAUGAGGAAGCUUUCGGAGCGUCUAUUCAACGACAUGAAGAGCCUGCACAUUACAGGUUUUGAAGCAUGCAAGGGCGAAGUUGAGUUCCUUCUGCACAUGGUUGAAAAUGCCCCUGCAUUGGAGUUCUUAUGUAUAGAUCACUCAUAUCAAUAUCCAAUAGAAGGCUUUCGCAAAGACAAAGAAUUGGAUGUUGACUUGCUUCAUACAACUACAAGAAGGCAUCUUAAAGGAAAAAUUUCACCCAAUUGCACCUUGAUUUUACUUUAA